AUGCCUUGCACGCCCAGCCCCUUCAGAGCCACAGUGCCCAACACCAACCCGGCUCUGGAAGCCGUGGCAGAGAAGCUUCGCGCCAGCGGCAGCAGAAGACUCCUCACCCCAGAAGGCAUCGGGGCGCUCUCCACCUCGACGAAGAACAUCAUCGACAAUCUAUAUAUCAAUGUCCGAAAGAACUGCUGGGCAGACGCCAUCUGCGAAACCCCAGCAGGCCUCCGCUCUGGUCGAAUGGACCCCACAGGUAGAUGGCACCUUCGUAACCCUCACGUCGCCGCCUUCAUCGACGACCUCUCCCACGCCAUCCAACUCGGCGAUAUCUCCGACGUCGACUACUACCUGUCCCGCAGAAUCCCCCUCAACGCCUGCGACCGCGAGGGCAACUCCCUGCUCCAUCUAGCACUAGUGUCCGGCCACUUGGACAUCGCCCGUCUCCUCCUCGACAGAGGCGCCAGCCCCCUAUACAGCUUUGACCCGGAAGUCCCUGAGCUGGACCAACUCUUCCAAUGCCCCAACCGCGUUGCGCCCCAGCUCAGUUCCAUCCGCGUCGACAUCCUCCGUCUGCUACUCAGAUACGGCGCCCCUAUCCGCCGCUUCCCCACCCUCAACGUCCUCUUCGACUCCCCCGGAUACGCCAACGAACUCCUCGGUCUGCUCCUCGACAGACAUCCGGAUAUCCUCCACGAACGCUCCAAAUCAGGCCACACCAUCCUCCACUCCGCCGCUGCGUUCGGCACGCCCGAGGCAUGCGAGUUGCUGCUUACUCGCGCGCCGCACCUCCGCACCACAUAUACAGACUGGGAUGUGACGCCGCUGCAUAUGGCCAUUCUGGAGAAAAAUGAGCUGACAGCCUGCUUCCUUAUCUCGGCGGAUAUGACCCUGCAGAUGCGCCACGGGUACGACCGCACCGAGCUGUUCCUGGCGGCGUGUAUGGGCCUGCGCCGCGUCGUGAAGUUGUUGUUGUCUUCUACUGCGUUCUUUGCGUAUCCGCCGCAGAAGUGGGUUUCCGAUGCGAAGGCCGCUGUCCGUGUGGCGCUGUAUAUGGGGAAUACGGAGGUGGUGGAUAUGAUUAGACGGAAUUUGGGAUUAUCAUGGCACUCCUGUCUAUCUCAGUUUCUUACCCGAUCCCGGCCUGUCCUGACCCCUGCUAGAAUCCGGGGGAUUGAGACUAGGAGGUCGAGGAGUAGACGGGCCAGGAGUGUGAGAAGCAACGCUACUCAUCAACAACAGUGUUCUGUUGAGGCUGGGAGUUCGGCUGCGUCGCAGAGUGGGAAUGUGAACGGGCCUGCUCCUUCUCAUCCCCUUGCUACUGUAACCAAUCCGGGGACUGAUAAUCUUAUGGACAGCGACGAGGGUGCGGUGGAUGCUAUGAGUCUGGAUGCCCAGGUUGAUCGGUUUUUCCAAAGUGUUGGUGGUAAUGAAUGUGGUAAGCUUGGGGUCAUGGAUACGGUGGUGGAGAGCAUUGAGGAGUCGUGA